UUUAACAGUCGGACACAAUCACAAGAAGAAAAACAUUUCGAGCAGGCUAUGAGUAGCUUUGUUGUCUGCUCCUAUACUGUACUGUCAGCCUGCUAACUAUAUUAAUUAUUAUUUUUGGGAGAUUUUUUUGGUACUUUUCCUCAAAUGAAUAAACCUACGCUGACGAUAGCUUCCAGGAAUUAAAUGACAGCUGAAGCUGGUGCUCAAAUCGCAGUGUCAUUAGCGCACUGCUUGAUAAAUUAGCUAGCAAAUUGAAUUCAAUGAAGCAAAAAUAAUCUAGCUGUUUUUUUAUAUAUAUAUUUUUUACAAAUCCUUGACAUUACAAUUAGAUUGUGAAUAAGUGUGCGGUAGUUUGGCUAUAAACGAACUCUUACAAUCGCGGCUGGUGACGUUCUAGCUAGCGAAGUGCGUUAGCCUAAAUUCGAGAGCAGUCCAAUGUCAACACAUUAACGACGUCCCCUUGGCAUUACAUCAACAACAAUUGGUCGAUCGAGGGUGUUGCGAAAUGGCAAUCUUAAAAAAGUAGUGUUUCUUCACCCAGAGAUAACAAUUAAGAAUUUUUAAACUUUGGGCAGUUAGCUAGCUGUUCACUUUUACUUGCUAGAUAGGGAGAUUUCUCUCUGUCAAGAUGCCUGGAAUGGUAGCGUUUGGCCGGCGAUGGGGAAUUGCGAGCGACGAUCUGGUCUUCCCCGGCUCAUUUGAGCUGUUCGUCAGGGUUCUAUGGUGGAUAGGGACACUGGCACUGUACACUCUCCAUGAGGGGAAGUUUGACUGUUCUGGUGGGAGAGUUCUACACAGCUACCUGGUGGUUCUACUCAUCCUGUUGGCUUUCAUCAUCCUGUCUCUAUGUGCCAUCGUCUACGUCAGCGCUCAAGGGACGAUCACUAACCCAGGCCCGCGGCGCUCCAUCCCAGUGCUGGUGUACGUGCGGGCGAUGCUGUACGUCCCUGAGUUAAUUUGGGCCAUCCUGGGGGCCAUCUGGGUGUCUGAUGACAGCCAGGGCUGUCAGCCUGCUGAGGUAGGGGCCGUCAUCGCUGCAGUGGUCGCCAGUUGGAUUCUGCUGCUGUCCACAGGGGUGGGGGUGCUGUUUGUGUUCGACCCGCUAGGCAGCACCCAUCCUGGGCCUCAGUCACAGGAGCUGCUGGGAGUAAGGGACCUGGAGAGCAGUCAGGGCUCACAGCUCCUGUCCACUGCCCGCUCCGUGGCUGUCAGGGUGUGGGAGAGCAGGCUGAGGCUCCUCUGCUGCUGCCUGCCUCGGGAUGAGAGCCACAGAGCUGCCUUCUCCAGCAUAGCUCAGCUUGUCAGUGGAUUUUUCUCGGAUACAGACCUGGUUCCCAGUGACAUCGCAGCAGGUUUGGCUCUGCUACACCAGGAGCAGGAUAAGAUGGAGCAGUGUAGAGAUCCAGACGAGGCCCUAUCUCACAGCCCCUCAUCACCUAUCGCAGAAGAUCUUGAGGCAGAGCUGGAGAAGGCAACCCACUGUAUGCAAUUUGCUGUAGCUGCAUAUGGCUGGCCCAUGUAUGUCUACUCCAACCCUCUCACCGGAGCCUGCAGACUCAGCAGGGACUGCUGUAAGACCCAGUCUGCUGAGUAUGACAUUGUCGGAGGAGACAAUAUGGGCUGCCAUUUCUCCUCCGUCCUCCACAGCACCGGCCUACAGUACAGAGACUUCAUCUACGUUAGCUUUCACAACCAGAUCUAUGAGAUUCCGUUCUUUGUGGCUCUGGACCAUAAGAGAGCGGCAGUACUGGUGGCUAUCAGAGGAACACUGUCACUACGGGAUUUGCUGACUGACCUGUCUGCAGACUGUGAGAACCUUCCAGUAGAGGGAGUGUCAGGAGCAUGCUAUGCUCACAAGGGCAUGUCUCAGGCAGCCAGCUACAUCUGUAAGAAACUCCUCAAUGACGGUAUUCUAAACCAGGCUUUCACCAUCGCGCCUGAGUACAAGCUAGUCAUCACAGGCCACAGUCUUGGAGGGGGUACAGCCUCUCUCCUGGCCAUUCUAUUACGGAGCUCCUUUCCCACCCUGCAGUGUUACGCCUUCUCUCCACCAGGGGGACUCAUGAGUAAAGCCCUGGCUGAUUUCUCCAAGGAGUUUGUAGUGUCUGUGGUGCUGGGGAAGGACUUGGUGCCAAGGUUGAGUUAUCCCAACAUGGAGGACUUGAAGAGGAGAAUACUACAAAUGGUUUCUAAUUGCAAUAAGCCCAAGUACCGUAUCCUGCUCCAGGGCUGUUGGUAUGAGUUGUUUGGGGGAGAGCCUGAUGACUUCCCUACUGAGAUGGACAACAGACGGAAGGAGGAGCUUAACCAACCGCUUUUGGGGGAGGAGUCACUGCUGAUUCGCAGCUCAUCAUCCUAUCAAGGCCUGGCUUCCGAGGAGUCACCUGUACACGGCUCCCACCUGCCACUUUACUUACCGGGACGUAUACUACACAUUACAGAGGAUGGGCCGGCACGGAGGUCCUGUUUUUCCCAGGUGAGUUACGGGGUGGAGUGGUCCAGUGAAACGGUGUUCCGUAGUGUUCUCAUCAGUCCCAGGAUGAUGGCCGACCACAUGCCUGACGCUGUGCUCCUGUCGCUUCGCAGUCUGACACAGGACAGGCCCUUCAACCUCUGCCCCUCGUCGCUUAGCAACAGCCACCUCAACGUCAUCUGAUUCACACUGCUACACACACACACACACACACACACACACACACACACACACACACACACACACACCUGGACAGGACAAGCCUGACUGUCUUUCGCUAGUCUGACCCCAUUCUGUCCCCAGUCCUUCUGUUACAGUCCUGUUUUCUUCCUUUCCCCUGUCUAUAAUUCCCCCCAGCUUCUGUGCCUGUUUUGUCGCCACCCCAUGAGGGGUUCCUCAACAGCCAAGUCAAAGGGGCAAGACAAUUAGACUCAUCAAUAAAAGGAAUGUGCAGGACUGUCUUUCUCACUAUGACUUUGGAAAGGGAGUUGCAAUCUAAUUAUUUAUUUGUAGUCAUUUGUUGCCAAUUCAUUGGUUAUUGCUUUCUUCUUUUGAGUAAUUCCAUGAAAAACUGUCAUUGUGUUGGUUACAUCAAAUGCGCUUUGUGUACAUAGUUAGAUAUUAUUGCAGUGUAACUAUAAUUCCAAAAGUGUACAUUCAGAUUUUAUUUUGACUAUUUUUUUAGGUUGCUGGUUUUGAAGAGAUUAUUUGUUGAUUGUUUAACAGUGGUUUGUCUUUGUCCUGUGCUGAAUGUCUGAGAUUUGAGGAAGAAAUUGUCCUGGACCACAGAUCUACGAUCAGAUUAUCCUCCCCCUAACCAUUAGGGUGAUGAACAAUAUCUGACCCUGUAUAAGUGGUUGGGGAAAACUUCUACCUCAAAGAUCAGGGUGAAUAGUGCCUAUGCAUCACAUAACAAUAAGUCUCACCAAUACUCUCGAUGCUUGACCAGUGUUCUGUUUUGCUCCAUGUAUGCACAAUGAGUAGUGCAUGAAACAAAUGAGUUAAUUUGCAUGAAAACAACAUCUGGGUGAUAUGAGGUAACCUAAAUUACUCCAGUUUCAUAACACAUUUUCUGUUAACUUGCUAUUUACAUAAUAUUACAUCAUCAGGUAAUUCAACAUUGAUAACAGAAAUUCACAGUAAUGUAGUAGUUUACAUCCUGAAUUGUGUAUUAUUUCGUUUGACGAUACAAAUAAAAGCAUGUCAUGUUUCUGUA